AUGACGGCUGAUCUCACCACCAUACUGCUCCAGUUCCAGCCCGAGGCUGCAGAACUGAAAUCGCGCCAGAAGUACGACCAAGCCGCGCGGCAGUUUGUCAUACAACUCAACGGCACCUCGGCGUCACAAUGGUUGAAGGGCGCAGACACGCCGCAAGAUGUGCUUGAAAUUCUCAACCCCGCAGUCCACUCGAUAGCGUACGCCUUCGCCCUCCGCCACCGCAUCGCCGCCGCUGUCGACAAGAAGUCCCCGCCAGAUUCAGUGCAGCCUGGCGGUGCACUGUGGAACAAGGCCGUGCUGUUCUUGGAGACGUUCGAUCCCGUACAGAUGCGGUAUGCCGGGCACGAGUGGAAGCGGGUGGUGGACUACGUUGAACCGCUUGCGCGCAACGCUGGAUCACCCAGCCUGGCUAUUGCGCCCAUACGAUCAGCCAUGAUCCGCCUCGAUCCUACCACAGGCACCUUCACCUCGACACACGUCGACCUGAUCCGGCUGUGCCUCGAAACCCGUUCGUACGCUGCCGCCGAGCCCAUCCUCGACAACUACAUUCACAGCCUGCCCUCGCAAAUCCCAGCAGCUGUACGCGAAGGCUUGGAAUACUCGGUGCCGUGUGCGGACGUUGCGCGCAGCGGAGAAUACAUCAACCGCAGUUCAGGGCAUUCAGGCAGGGUCGUCUUUGCAGACGUGCAGGAGUACUAUAUCCUCGGGGCUAUGGCGUAUCUUGGUCUGCGACAGUUCAAAAAGGCGCAUCACUUCCUCGAGCACGUUCUGGUCAUGCCGUCGGCCAACGUAGCCAACGGGCUGAUGCUGGAGGCGUACAAGAAGUGGGUGCUGCUGAGCUGUCUGGUGUCUGGGGAGGCCAAGCAGGUGCCGCGGUCGGCCAACGCAACGGCCAUGAAGCAAGUCAGAUGUGCUUCCAAGGCAUACGAGGCUGUGGCAGAGGCCUACACACAACUCAGCAACCCGUCGAAGCUGAAGGCGCAGAUCAACGCGGGCGCUCAGACAUGGGCAGAGGACGGCAAUACGGGGCUGGUCAAAGCGGUGCUGGACAGCCAAACGAGGGCCUAUGUGUUGCGAUUGUCACGGACGUUCUCGGCGAUGCCGGUAGGCAACAUUGCGAGAAGCGUGGGUGGUAGCGCCGAGGAAACGGCGCAGUAUCUCGAAACGCUCAUCACGGACGGGUACCUGAACGGGCGCGUGGAGCAGACGGACAAGGCACAGGCGGGCAUGGUGCUCCGAUUCUUCCUCGACCCCACACAGGGCCCGCUGGCCAAGUCGGAGAAGCAGCAGCAGCAGGCGCUCCUUGCGCAGACGCAGCGGACCAAGGCGCUGGCGGGUCAGGUGCAGGACGCCGACUACCGGCUGACGCUGAGCAAGGAGUUUAUUGAGAAUUGGAAGCGGCAGCAGAAGAGGCAAGGCGCGUCGGGCGACGCCAUGGACACGGCGUGGGACGACGGGGUGGAGGAGGAGGAUAUCAUGGUUGAUUUGUGA